AUGCGUCCCACCUGGAACCUUGUGUCUGGUCUCCUGCUGCUACAAAGCAGCUUGGGUACCGGGCUCAAUGGCCUCGGUGACUUGUACCAGCACGCCCUGCAAAGCGACGGCGGCGGGGCUCCUCCAUCGCCACAGAGUGUAUCAGUCCCCUUCUUCGCCGACCUUGAACGCCUCGCCCGACUGGUCGACAUCACAUACUGCGUUGGUACAACGGGUAUCUCGCCGCCGUUCUCGUGCGCCUCGCGCUGCAAGGAGUUUCCCUCGCUGCAACUGGCUUCCACCUGGAAUACGGGAGUGUUGAUGAGCGACAGCUGCGGCUACAUUGCGGUGGACCACGGCGAGGGGCGAAUCAACGAUGGUGGGCAAGGGGGUGCCAUCAUCGUAGCGUUUCGCGGGACAUACAGCAUUACGAAUACGGUUGUCGACCUCAGCACCGUCCCGCAGGAAUAUGUGCCGUAUCCGGAGCCAGAUGACGACGACGAGGAUAAGGACAAGGACGGACAAGGUGCCAGCGUGUUGGGGGCUGAUGAGUACAAGCACAAAUGCGACAACUGUACCGUUCAUAUGGGCUUCCUGGCCUCGUGGCGCCAGGCCCGCAAGCUGGUUCUGCCUGUGCUGAAGAGCGUGCGCGAGAAGCAUCCCAACUACCCCAUUUACCUCGUCGGUCACAGCUUGGGCGGGGCAGUGGCUGCUCUGGCAUCCCUCGAGCUCAAAGUCUCUCUGGGAUGGGAUGACUUGAUCGUGACGACGUUCGGCGAGCCUCGGACGGGCAACAAGGGCUUCGUCCGUUAUUUGGACAAGAUAUUUGAUCUGGAGAAUGACGAUGGCUACGAUGUCGAUUUGGAGAAGCGUACAUACAGGCGUGUCACACACGUUGAUGACCCCGUUCCGCUGCUCCCCCUGACGGAGUGGGGAUACAGAAGUCACGCAGGCGAAGUCUACAUCAACAAGCCGAGUCUCUCGCCCGCUCCAGAAGAUUUGCGAAUGUGCAGGGGCGAUAAUGACGAAAAGUGUAUGGCAGGUGCUGAGAGCACUACGGACUAUGGUGGACUUCUUCGGAAGAUCUUACGAAUGGAAGAUGCUACUUCGGAAGCUGAUGAUUCUACGGGACAGGCUGCAGGGUUUCCAACACAUCUGAAGCCAUGGGAGCUAUUCUUUGCACAUCGCGAUUACUUCUGGCGUUUGGGACUUUGCCUUCCUGGCGGUGACCCUGCCGAUUGGGGCCGGGAUCGCUAUAAUUUGACGAUACCUCCUUCUGACGAACUUUGA